AUGAUUGAAAGCAAGAUUCGGUUUGAGAAACUGCCCAAUGGCAGCCAUCGGCAUCAUCUAUCUGCCCCAAAGAGACAACAGUUUCUGUCGAACCAAGUCAGACGCCUACGAGAGCUCCUGGAUGGCAAGCGAGACCAUAGUAUGAAGGAGGACCAUGGAGUCGGUGCAAUGCCACAUCCACCUCCUCACCAGCCCUCAGGUUCAAGUCCAAGUUCAGGAAGGCCUCACCAACUUAAACCCGAAGUCCUCGAACAUCCACUAUCACUCCUGAACGAAAAGUACCAUGACCUCGAUACAGACCAGAUCGUCAGCCUCCAUACCAGUGUUCGGAGGCGAUCGUCCGUCAAAGAGGACUUUGUGCAGAAAUAUGGCGAACUGCAGCAGGUCGUUGGGAAAGGCGCGUUUGGCACCGUGAGGCUGUCCAUCAAACGAAACCAAGAAACUGGGGAGGAGCAUGUCUAUGCUGUCAAGGAAUUCAAAUACACCCAUGGCGAGUCCCUAAAGCUCUACAUGCGCCGUCUGACAAGCGAGUUCUGUAUUGCCUCCUCGCUCAAACACACCAACGUGAUUAAGACUAUGGACCUGCUACAGAUUCACGGAGACACCUACAGCGAAGUCAUGGAGUACUGUGCGGGCGGUGAUAUGCACAGUCUGAUUGCCUCUGCCAACACACUGGGCGAAGCCGAGUCCAACUGUUUUUUUUCGCAGCUGGUUUAUGGUGUGGCGUUCUUGCACUCGAUGGGCGUCGUCCACCGGGAUCUCAAACCAGAGAAUUUACUCUUGACGUCCGAUGGUUGUAUCAAGAUUGCGGAUUUCGGGAACAGUGAAGUGUUUAGGAUGCCUUGGGAGAAGAAGGUCCGGUCAUCGGCCUCCAUUCGAGGCACUGGACCGUUUAUUGCGCCCGAGGAAUUCACGAACAAGACGUUCGAUGCUCGCAAGGUGGAUAUGUGGGCUUGUGGAAUUAUCUACAUGUGCAUGCGACUCGGUCGCUAUACAUGGCACGAAGCUUCGGAUGGCGACCCCGUUUGGGGUGGAUUUCUUUACAAACGUGAGCGGCUAUUGGAGUCGCACAACCUUGACCCCACUGAGCAUGUGCCUCCACAUAUCAACCUGACAGCGCUGGAGCAAGCCUCCCACAUUUCGCUCUCCUGGCCGACACAUAUCGCCAACGUGGUUGAAAAUCUGUUGGAGCCAGACACUAGGAAGCGAUGGCAGGCAACCCAUGUCCUCGACAGCGAGUGGUUCAAACAGAUUGACAACUGCCACCCAACUGCACGCCCACCUGAUCAGAAGUUGGAUGAGAGCGAUUUCGAACCCGCAGCCCCUAGUCAGCGUGUGGGGUCCAAGGUUAUUGCCGAGGACGCUUCAGUGACGGGGUGCAAGAUCGUCAAGGAGGUCCGGGUUGGACGCGUAAUUAUAGACAACCAUAGAGUCGACUCGGCCGUAUCGCCUGCUUCAUAA